UUACAGUUAGUGGGUCGGGUCUUCGCUUCUUUUAUUGGGUCAACGGUGCAUACUUUUCCUUCUUCUUCUUCUUCUUCUUCCUCCCAUUUAUCUCUGUAUCUCUGUGCAAUCUGUGCCAAUACGAAUCUCCCCCGGUUCUUCAUAACCCUUUUGCCUAGAUAUGCUGAUUCGUGAAUUUUCUGUUGAUUAGUCGUUUUUCUUUUGCAAUUAUGUACGAUUUCUGUGAUUUCUCCCUCGUUCUUCCAAUUAUUUCUCUGAAUUUUUGCUGGGUCAACUCUGUUCGUCCUCUGCUAGCUCUUUGUCUUCAAUCCUCAGAUCAUGAUCUCUAGCAUCUGGUCCAUUUGUGUUAGUGAUUGACUUUGGUUAAAGGGUGUCUUCGCAAGCAAUCCUGACCCUCACCCCCCCUUCGAUUAGAACUUGUUUUGCUUUUAUGAUGGGUUUUGUUCGAUUAUGUUUUGCGUUUGAAGUUCUUUUUGUUGUUCUAUUGAUGAACCGCUGAAAGGAGCUUUUUCAGUAAUAAUUUUCCCUAUUUGUAUUUUGUUCCAAAUCCGUGUUUUGGGGUUUGUAGAUUCUUUGUCUUGAUUUGAGUAUCUGAGCGUUUGAAAUUUUGCUGAAUCUGUGUUACUUUUGAGCUCCUUUCUUAGUGGAAACGCAUCUUGUAAGUCAUGGACAGUGCCAAUGAUCCUUCCUCGUCCCCAAGUUUCGCCUCAUCGUCUUAUGUGUCAAAUGGGUCUAGUUAUAACAACGUUCCUGCAGUAUUCAGCCAUGACCCUUCUGCAAAUUCUGAUCAUAUGUGUCUUAGCAAGCUAAGUGCAAACCUUGAGAAGCUUGUGGUUGAUUCUGACUAUGACUAUACUGAUGCUGUGAUUGUUGUUGAGGGCAUUGAUGUGGGUGUUCAUCGAUGUAUAUUGGCGGCUCGGAGUCAGUUUUUUCAUGAGCUUUUUAAGCAGGAAAUGGAUAGCUCCACCAAAGAUGACAAGCCAAAAUAUUGUAUGUCUCAGUUGGUACCUUUCAGCAAGGUUGGAAUUGAAGCUUUUAAAGUUAUCUUGAAUUACUUGUACACGGGAAAGCUGAAGCCAUCACCACCAGAAGUGUCAACGUGUGUGGAUGAGGCCUGUGCUCAUGAUGCAUGUGGCCCUGCUAUCAAUUAUGCAGUGGAAUUGAUGUAUGCUUCUGCCACUUUCAAGAUGAAAGAGUUGGUUUUGCUUGUACAGCGUCGACUCUUGAAUUUUGUUGAGAAAGCUUCUGUGGAAGAUGUUAUAACUAUACUGAUUGCUGCAUUCCAUUGUCAACUGGACCAGCUGCACAUCCCCUGCAUUCAAAGAGUGGCAAGGUCGGACCUCGAUGCUGUAUCUUUAGAGAGAGAGCUUCCUAGUGAAGUUGCAAGUGAGAUUAAAGCAUUGCGUAUGAAAUCUCAGCAAGAGACUGAACCAAAUAUGGUGGAAGAAGUGGACCUGAACCGUGAGAAGAAAAUCAGGAGGCUCCACAAAGCAUUGGAUUCUGAUGAUGUUGAACUACUGAAACUUCUUUUGAGUGAAUCUUCUGACAUUACCUUGAAUGAUGCUUAUGCCGUUCACUAUGCCACUGCCUAUUGUGAUCCUAAGGUCAUUAAGGAGGUUCUUAAUCUAGGCUUGGCAGAUCUCAAUCUUAAGAACCCUAGAGGACAUACAAUUCUUCAUGUUGCGGCAAGGCGUAAGGAUCCUAAAAUCAUUGUGGCCCUUCUGGACAAGGGAACCUCUGCAUUAGAACCUACAGCUGAUGGACAAACUGCUGUUACCAUAUGUCGAAGGCUGACUAGACCUAAGGAUUAUAAUGAGACGACUCACAAGUGUCAGGAAUCUAACAAAGAUCGGUUAUGUAUUGAUGUGUUGGAGAGAGAGAUGUGUAGGAGUUCUAUCUCUGGUAGAAUGGAAAUGACAACUCAGAUUUCCGCUGCUGACAUGCACGUGAUGCUAGACUAUCUAGAAAAUCGAGUGGCCUUUGCUCGUCUUUUUUUCCCUGCCGAGGCCAAGGUCGCAAUGGAGAUUGCGGAUGCAGAUUCAACAAUAGCAUAUACUGGCCUUGUAUCAUCCAAGGGAUCAUCUGGCAACUUGCUUAAGGUUGACUUGAAUGAAACACCAUCUGUUGGAACCAAAAGACUCCAAUCCAGAAUGCAAGCUCUAAUGAAAACAGUGGAGACAGGUCGACGCUUUUUCCCUCAUUGCUCGGAUGUUCUCGACAGCUUCUUAGCAGACGACAUGCCCGAUCUUCUCUUCCUCGAAAAGGGAACUCCAGAAGAGCAGAAGAAGAAGAAGACUCGUUUCAUGGAACUUAAAGAUGAUGUACAGAAGGCAUUCUGCAAGGACUUAGCAGAGAAUAACCGAUCAGGUUUUUCAUCUUCCUCAUCUUGUUCCCCUCCAAAAGUGGGAGUAAAUCAGAAAGGUAGGAGAAAAUAAAGUGAGAGUUGUGCUAUAUUUUUGUAGGUAACAUCCAGUUGAACGUUGCAUAGAAUUUUCUGUGGAAGAAUAUUUAUAUUAUAGGAAUGUCUUCUCUGUAUGCUGUUCUUGGCCUGUAAAAUAAUUCUAACUUAUUAGUUUCUAGGAAAAAGAAAUUGGGCACUUUUCUAGUGGA